AUGUGGCUGUUUCUUGCAAUCCUGGUUUUCCUACAAGCACCCACGAACUCUGAAGAUGCCACCAAGCAGAAAAAGGCUCUAAAUCCCGAGGCUUCCAUGAACACUAGCCAAAUCAUCUGCUACAGAGGGUACCCCAGUGAGGAGUAUGAAGUCCUGACUCGUGACGGCUACUACAUCCACCUGAACAGAAUUCCUCAUGGAAGAGAAAAGCCUGAGAACAGAGGGGCCAGGCCAGUCGUGUUUCUCCAGCACGGAUUAUUUGGAGAAGGCAGCCACUGGGUGGAAAAUCUGGCUAACAACAGCCUUGGCUUCAUCCUAGCAGACUCUGGCUACGACGUGUGGCUGGCAAACAGCCGGGGGACCAGCUGCUCCCGGAGACACCAGCACCUUUCAGCUGACCAGGUGGAAUUCUGGGAUUUCAGCUUCCAUGAGAUGGCAAUGUACGAUCUCCCAGCCGCCAUCGACUUUGUGCUGCAGAAGACGGGGCAGAAGCAGCUCCACUAUGUUGGCUACUCCCAGGGCUGCUCAAUUGCGUUUAUUGCGUUUUCAUCCAUACCCGAACUGGCUCAGAAAGUCAAAAUGUUUUUUGCCCUGGCUCCAGCAGCGGUACCCAAGAAUGCCAAAAGUCCACUCAUGAAGAUACUGCUCCUCCUGGACAACAAGCUCAAGAUGAUUCAACUGCUGCUGGGCAGAACGGACGCGUCCCUGCGGAUCAGGAAGCUGUGGCGCUUUCUCCCGGAGCUGUGCAGGCACACGCUGCUGCACAGGCCCUGUGCCAACCUCCUCUUCCUGAUGGGUGGCCACAACGAGAAGAACCUCAACAUGACACGGCUGGAUGUGUACACAUCCCACUAUCCGGAAGGCACCUCUGUCAAAAACAUCAUCCACUGGGCCCAGGUGAUAACAUCUGGAGAAUUCAAAGCCUUUGACUACGGCAGCAAGAACCCAGCCAUGUACCACCAGGUAGGAGCUGCAGUGGCAGUGCUGGCAGCUGGAGAUGCUGGGUGUCUAUCCAGGGUGGUGCAGGGACAGAAUGGCUUGCAGGGAUUGACCACUGAGACCCCCCCGUGUCCCUCCAGGACACACCGCCCUUGUACCGCGUGGAGGAGAUGCCGGUGCCCACAGCGGUGUGGUCCGGAGGGCAGGACUGGGCAGCUGACCAGAGGGACGUCCUCCUGCUGCUGCCCCGCAUCUCUCACCUCGUCACCUACAGCCACAUCCCCGACUGGAACCACUGGGACUUUAUCUGGGGCCUGGACGCCCCCGGGCGCCUCUACAGCAGCAUCCUGA